AUGGCAACCUACCAGCAUCCACAGCCCUCAAGCCCAACAGGAUGUGAGUGUGGUGACGACGUGAGGCUACGUCUGGGGCAUCUCAAGGGGGGCCAGGGACCCACCACCUCAGAGAUGCUGCUGCCAAUGCUGCUGCCCCUGCUGUGGGCAGGAGCCCUUGCUCAGGAGGAGAGGUUCAAGCUGGAAGUGCCUGAGUUGGUGACGGUGCAAGAGGGCCUGUGCAUCGUUGUGCCCUGCUCUGCCAUCUACUUCAAGUAUUUCUGGAAUGAUGCCACCCCUGCUUCUGGCUACUGGUUCCGAGAAGGGGCCAGUCCUUUCCUGGAAUCUUCAGUGGCCACAAACCAUGCAGCUCGAAAAGUGCAGGAGGAGACCCAGGGCCGAUUCCUCCUCCUUGGGGACCCACAGACCAAAAACUGCUCCCUGAGCAUCAGAGAUGCGAUAAGGAGUGAUGAGGGAAAAUACUUCUUCCGGGUGGAGAGAGGAAGCUUGAAAUACAGUUACAAUUCUCCUCGGCUCUCUCUGCUGGUUACAGCCCUGACCCACACACCCAAUGUUUUCAUCUCUGGGACCCUGGAACCUGGACAUCCCAAUAAUCUGACCUGCUCUGUGCCCUGGGCCUGUGAGCAGGGGAUGCCCCCCAUCUUCUCCUGGAUGUCAGCUGCUCCCAUCACCCGGAUCCCGGGGAAUCCUUCCUUGGUGCUCACUGUCACACUACGGCCCCAGGAUCAUGGUACCAACCUCACAUGUCAGGUGAAGUUCCCUGGAGCAGGUGUAACCACAGAGAAAACCAACCAGAUCAACAUGUUCCAUGAGUGUUGGGCCUGGACCUGGACAACAGAACUUGUGGAAAAGAUGGUUCUGAGGGCCAUAGGGGUAGUGGCUGUGAUGGUCCUGCUUCUCUGCCUCUGCCUUCUCAUCCUCAGUGUGAGGUUCCACAGGACGAAGGAGACAUGGGCAGCAGGGAGUGUGGUGGACGAAAACACUGUUGUGGGUUAA